AUGAAGUUGAAAAGCAAACGAACAGCCAGAUACAAUUCUGCAAAGUUGGGAGGAUGUGGCAUACUGGGGGUGGGAGUUUGGCUCUCAGUUACCCAGGGUAACUUUGCCACCCUAUCAUCAUCACUUCCCUCCCUGUCAGCUGCCAACCUGCUGAUCGCGGUGGGAACCAUAAUCAUGGUGAUCGGCUGUUUGGGCUGCGUAGGAGCCGUCAAAGAGAGCCGCCCUGUGCUGCUGACGUUCUUCAUCCUCCUCCUGCUCAUCUUCUUCCUGGAGAUUCUGUCCAUCAUGCUUUUCUUCAUCUACCAAUAUGAGAUUGAUCACUACGCCCAAAGGGAUCUGAAGAAGGGCCUGCAGCUCUUCGGCACGGAGGGAAACGUGGGUCUGACCAACGCCUGGAUGAUAGUACAAACUGAUUUUCGCUGCUGUGGAGUCACCAACCACACAGACUGGUUUGAGGUUUACAACGCCAGCCGCGUGCCGGACUCCUGCUGCCUGGAGUACAGCGACAACUGUGGCCUGGACAACCCAGGAACAUGGUGGACAGCGCCGUGCUACGAGAGGGUAAAGGACUGGCUUAAUGAGAACCUGGUGGCUCUUUGGAUCUUUGCUCUAUGCACAGCACUUACUCAGAUCCUGGGCCUGGUCUUCUCCAUGACGAUGUUCUGCCAGGCAGUGAAAGUAGAGACCUUCUACGCCUAGCGAUCGACCCAUCCCUCGCUCUUCAGCACACUUGGAUUGUUUCUCACCAGAGAGGGACAAAUAUAGACCCCCUUCACCUCCUCCUCCUCCUCUUCCUCCUCCCUCGAAAGACUCUUCUUCCCUUGUCCUCUCUGUGACAUUCCCUCUCGGGUGUCACCACUUCACAGUUUUUCUGCUAACUAUCAAGACGCACAGUGUCAGUGUUUUAUCUGAGUCGGUUCCUAUGGUUUGCUCUGUGUCAAAAAGCUAAUUUUUGUGAUACAUUUUAUGAAGCAGUAAUAUGAACAUGUAUAAAAAAUUGUAACCCUCCUUUUUUUUUUAAUAAGUGUUUUGCUCUAAAUUAUUUCAUGGUUUGUAUGUGUUUUCAAAAUGAGAGCUACAGUUGGGGACUGAGUGAAGUGCUGCAAGUGCAUGUCUCCUGCGAUGGUGUAUUAAAUGUUCUGGCUCCACUAAA